ACGCUCCUCUCCCCAAGCAUGACACACUUACUGGGCUGCAGAGUCGAGCCACGGGACAGAGACACGGAGAGGCAGCCGUGAGGACACAGUUACACGAAGAAGACGAAGUGGAAGAUGAGGAUGCGGGAGGGAAAAGCAGAUGAACGCUAUUGAUGAUUUUGAUGGUUGCGCUAUCGACAGAGGGAUAUUCCUAGAGCAAGGAGAAGAAUAAAGCUCUGCGGGUUGGAGGAUUAUGACAGUGAUGUUGAUGAUGAUGAUGAUGAUGAUGAUGAUGAUGCUGUGAGGACAGGACCGCUUGGAGGACGGGACUCGGACGAUCGGAGCGCGUGUCUCUUCAGUGUUGAUCGUCGUGCGGGUAAAUCUCGGGUAUCACCGAGAGUUUAACGAAGCGCUAUUCUGAGGAGGUGGGCCAAGUCCCGAGAGAGAGAGAGAGAGAGAGAGAGAGAGAGAGAGAGAGAGAGCUUCGGACUGGGUGAUCCGGCUAGGAUAUUGUUGCUGUUGCUGACAGAGAUGUGAAGAGACAUUAAGGAGCAGAUGAAAGGACUCCUGCGUGCUCGUGGACAUAUAUUUCUACAUUUCUGCAGUAAUUCCUCCAGCAGCUGUGAGGUCACGACAAGUUGAAGUUGGCUUCCUGCCUGUUGAGAUGUGCCAAUAGGAAACACUUUGAACAGGGGUUCAUGCUGAUGAAAUUGAUCUGCUCAGUCAGCUCCAACCAGAGCCAUGGGGAGUACCCAGACUGCCGGAGUGAGAGGGAGUCAGGAGGGGAGGCAUCUCUCCUGGUGUCUCCGCUGGUGGUGGCGGGGAUUGUUAUAGGUCUGGUCCUCUUCCUCUCCUGCAUCACCAUCAUCGUCGGCAGCCUGCGAAAAGACAGUAGACUCCGUAACCCACACCUCCGAGCCAGCUACGGUCUGGAUGGUUUUUCUUAUGGUGGCUCAGUAGGAGAACUGAGAUCUACCUGCUUAGAAGAUUUCCCACCUGGUUUGGACUUCGAUUCGUUCAGAGAGACGCUUUCACAGGUCAACAACCUGUACCCCGACUCUCCUCCACGUUACGAUGAGUGUGUUGGCCAAGGUUCAACCCCGAUCUACAUACCUACAGAUGACCCACCCCCUUACUCCCUAUUGGACCCUUGUCAGAGAGGGCCAGAGCAGGAAGAGCAGCCUAACUUCAACAGUCUGGAUCCUUCUCCGUUCUAUGGUGAGACCUCAGCCAGCGCCGCCUGGUUCUCCCCCUCCCACUACCCGCCAGGAUUCCCUCAGGAGGAGCAUCAAGGCAUCGCAUCCAUCUCAUUCCCUCUGGAAGCAGCACCGCCUUAUGAGUCGGUGCUGGCUGAGCAAGGACAACCCCUCCCUCUCAUGCCAUGUGACCUUUAUAAACACCAAUCAGAGGGUGGGGAUGAAGGCAACUCCCAGCAACCAGGGACAAACCAGAUCUUGUAGGACUGUUAAUUUGUUUCUUUCGCCUGCGCCAUUGGAUUUCCCCAGUUGAAUUAAAGAAUCACUUGUGAUGUGGGACACAAAAUGGCUGUUAGGAGCAGCUGUGACAUUAAAACAACGGACAAUUAAUAAGAUGAAAGCAUCUUAUCCAUACAGUUUCUAACAUCUCAGUGGAUUUUAAAGCAGCCAGGACUCCAGUUUUCAACUAUUUACCCACAGUCGUUUUCCUUGACAGAAACAUAAAAUACUCACUGAUUGUCUUGCACUGUAACGUUUCUGGAAUGACGUAUUAUUUUCUUGUUGUUCCAAAUGAUACUCCAUAAGAAGAAGACUUUCUUCUGUUCAGUAAUAACACCACUGUCUGGUUAAUUUUUUGACUGUUAAUCUCUUGUUCUAUAAUUCAUGUGUCAUAUUUUGAGUUAAGGACUUAGUUACUGCUACAAAAACAUUCUCUAGAGUCUUCAUACUGUAGAUGACAGCAGAAAGACAGGGUUUAAUAUCAACGUGAUGUAAAGUAGUGUAGUUAAAGGUAUACGCAAGCACACAGAUUGAACCUUAUUUUCAGUCUCUGUUGUGUGUCAUGUAGCUUCCAGUGUGGGGAAAGUCUCCCAAUGGUUACAAGGGUGACUUUCUGAUUUCAACAAUUUAAACAAAUAUAGAAACUACCUGGACAGGAACAGUAAAAUAUCAACUCUCCAACUGUUCCAGUUACAUUUGUUGUACAUGUGGCAUCAUCAGAGAGGUCGUUUUUUUUGUCCACUGUUGUACAAUUUGCCAUCACUUUUUCUCUAAAGGGCUCUGGUUUUAACAUCAGUUCUAUAACUGGACCCAAGCAGCAAACUGUAGCUCCAAACUCUC